UAUCAAAGGCCUUUUAUCACACUACAUAAACCAAAGUACCCUCUUUUGUGUGUCAUAGUCAUCAUCAAUGCAUACAACAUCUCAACCCCACCAUUUCUUCUUCUUCUCUCAUUUCACCAUUUCAAUUUCUUUCUCUUUCUAACAUUUCUUCAAGAAGAAGAAGAAAAAAACCUAGAUUUUUCCUUCCUUUUGUAAGCGAGAAAAAAAGGGUUUGUGAGAUAAGGAAUGAACUUGGUAUGGAGGUGGAUGGGAUUCAGACACAGGCCUGUAAGUUCUCAAAAGUUGGCAAUAAUGAAGAUGAGUCAAACAAGAUUGAUGAUGAGGAAGAUGGAUACAUCAUCAAAAAGGCUGCCGCAAACGGUGGUGGCGGUGUGGUACCUUACAGAGGUGGUACUAGUUCACUUAAAGGUUGGAGCAACUUUUCGAGAAUUAUUAGGGUUUCUCGAGCCUCCGGCGGCAAAGAUCGACACAGCAAGGUGUUGACUUCGAAAGGGUUGAGGGACAGGCGAGUAAGAUUGUCUGUUACUACAGCUAUACAGUUUUAUGAUUUACAAGAUCGAUUGGGUUAUGAUCAGCCUAGUAAAGCUGUGGAGUGGCUGAUUAAAGCGGCCUCCGAUGCGAUUUCCGAGCUACCUUCACUCACCGCUUCGUUCCCUGACACACCGAAGCAAUUUAGUGAUGAGAAGCAAGCUAGUGAGGAUGUUGCGCUAGUCGAGUUAGAUGGUGAUCCUAGUAGCACGUCGGAGACUAGCAAGAACUCGGCUUUGUCGUUUUCGAGGCCGGGGGUCAGCGCGAACCACGUCAAGACUCGGGGACUAGCUAAGGGAAGAGCCUUGAAAGAAAAGGAGGCUCAUCGACAACAAAGCACGAACCCCAUUUCUCAAAACUCCACCUUUACUGAAUUACUCACCAGUGAAAUUGGCAAUGUCAGCAACAACAACAACACCAGUCCUACUUCAGCUUCAGUUUCAGCGCAUCAAAACCCCAAUGCUACUGACAGGCUUUGGCCUGUGACUCAAAUGGAUUACUUUGGCUCGGGAUUCCUUGGACCAUCUUCUUCAAGAGGAAGUCAUCAUCAUUCUUCAGAUUUUCCAGCACAAAUCCAACUGGUAAACUCUUUGCAACAACCAAUUCCAACACCACCAUUCACCGUGUCGAGCGAAAACCAUCAAGCGAUGCAGCAUUUCUCGUUUGUUCCGAACCCUGAUCAUUUGAUCCCGGUGGAAACAACAACAGCCCAUCCGGGGCAAGGGGUUGACUACAAUCUCAAUUUCACAAGCUCUUCUUCCGGCAUUGCUGGUUUCAAUAGGAGGACCCUUCAGUCCAAUUCUCCUUUUUCUCCUCGUCACUUCCAGAGGUUUUCUUCUAUAGAUGGAUCAUCACAACCCUUAUACAUUGGUGCACCACCAGUGGACAGUCAUCAUCAAUUCCCAGCUGGAUUAGAUGACCGCUUGCAGCUCUGCUACGGGGAUGGAACAAGGAACUCAGAUCAGAAAGGAAAAGAAAAGAACUAGUCAGUGUCCUUAUAAAAAGGUUCCCACUUUGGACCCCUAUCUUUUUCCCUGG